AUGGCCCCCAACACCCACGAUUUUCCGGGAAAAUCCCCUCACGUCGCUCUCUUCCCCGGCGCCGGCAUGGGUCAUCUGACUCCGUUCCUCAGGCUAGCCGCCAUGCUAUCUUCACGAGGCUGCCUCGUAACUCUCAUCACCGUCAAGCCAACAGUCUCAGUUGCUGAGUCCACCCACAUCUCUACCUUCUUUUCCACCUACCCACAUAUCAAUCGUCUCGACUUUGAAAUCCUCCCCUGUAAUCCCCCCAAUUCCACCAACACCGACCCUUUCUUCAUUCAAUUUGAAGCCAUUAGUCGCUCUGUUCACCUUCUCAAGCCUCUCUUGUUAUCUUCCUCUCCACCUCUCUCUGCUAUCUUCUCUGAUUUCGUUGGUUCCGUGACUGUCACUCCUCUUGCUGAACAUCUUUCCAUACCCAACUACGUUGUUUCCACUACCUCUGCUAGAUUUUCCUCUCUCUUUUCCUACCUUCCUUUCUUAUUCUCCGAAAACUCUGCUAAAUUCGGUGGAUCCGAUAACGAUGUACAAAUCCCAGGUUUAUCCCCACUGCCUCUGUCAACUAUUCCUCCUCCAUUCUUCAAUCCGACUCUGUUCUUCACCUCGUUCGCAAUAUCCAACGCUCAGAUUCUCCCCAAAGCCAAAGGCAUUUUGCUGAACACCUUUGACCGAUUCGAACCCGACACAAUCGCUGCACUCAACAAUGGCAGUGUCUUAAGUAGCCUCCCACCUGUUCUCCCAAUUGGCCCAUUCGAGCCUUACAAGUUCAAAAAAGGAGACUAUCUUUCAUGGGUAGAUGAUCAAAGUGUUGGAUCUGUAGUGUACGUUAGCUUCGGAAGCAGAACAGCCAUGUCAAAGGACCAAAUCAGAGAACUCGGAGAUGGGUUGGAGAGAAGUGGAUGUCCCUUCUUGUGGGUUUUGAAAUCCAGCAAAGUGGACAAAGAGGACAACGAAGAGAUUGAAGAUUUGCUGGGCAAUUCGUUUCUGGAAAGGACAAAAAACAGGGGAAUCAUAGUGAAAGGAUGGGUAAAUCAGGAGCAAAUUCUAGCACACCCUGCAAUUGGGGGUUUCAUUAGCCACUGCGGAUGGAAUUCUGUGAUGGAAGCUGCUCGGCACGGCGUGCCGGUGUUGGCGUGGCCUCUGCACGGCGACCAGAGGGUGAAUGCAGAGGUGGUUGAGAAUGCUGGGCUGGGGAUGUGGGUGAGAGAUUGGGGUUGGGGUGGAGAGAAGGUAGUGAAAGGGGAAGAGAUUGGAGAGAAGGUUAGAGAGAUGAUGAGUGAUGAGAAGUUGAGGAAUAAAGCAAUGGAAGUUGGGGAAGAAGCUAGGAAGGCUUGUCAAGAUGCUAAUGGGAGCUCGGUGAAGGCAUUGAUGGGAAUUAUUGAGACGUUGACGCUUGCAGAGACUGCCUAA